AUGACAGAACAAAUGAAAUAUAUUGUGAAAGAACUAAACGCGACCAUUGGGAGAAACUACGAUUUAAUAAAAUUCGACGCUUUGAAUGAGAAACAGCUUUUACAAUUACUAGUGGAUUUACUGGUGAAUUUCAACGCUGGAGAAAAGUUGGAUGUAAACGAAGAUGAGUCUGAGACGGUGUCAUUGAGUUUGUUAGAGAUGUUGGGUAGCGUUAAGUACCGACCACCGGCAGGCGUCGAGCCUACACGCUUCAGGGCGCAAUUGCUUGCUGGAGAUGCGAGGACGAUACAUCACGUAUUACAUUGGCUCCUCACUAAUAAGGAACAAGUGAAGAACACCGCCUAUCUAGCCAAGUAUUUGAAAUUACCCGACAUACCACCAGAUGUAAUCCGAAACAAUACCAUACAGGAUCUUUUGGAUCUUUAUCAAAAUUUGAUCGAUGAAUUUAAGGAGGUUCACAAACGAACUAGGAUAUUGCAAAAAGAGAAUGCGUCAGAAAUAAUUAACGACAUCAAGGAAAUGGCGGUCGAGAGAGACAUUGUAAUAAAGAGAUUAGAAAACGUGCAAGUUAAUUUAGUGGAUGUAAGUGACAAAGAAAACCUAUUAAAUGUAAGCCGAGCUUUAAGAGUGCACCAAGAAAAGGCAAAGGAGUUGGAAAAUCAGUACGAUGCUCAACAGUCCCAAUUGAAAAUUGCAUCUGACCAACUAAAAAGAUAUUUGAAUGUCAUCCAUGGACAAAGUGCGUCUCCUCAGACAGUCAAUGAUGUAAUGAAGCGCUUACAAGAAGAAAUACAGUUGAACGGCUAUCUCGUAAAGGAGAAGCUUCCACAAGAGAGCACUCAUCUUCAGAGAGAGUUAAGCAUUAUGCAGGGCAUCGCUACUGAACAACACACUACACGAUCUGAUCUAGUCGCUGUUCAAGAUAAGAUUGCUGUAGUAAACAGUGAGAUGGAGCAGCUAGUACAGCGCAAGCUAGCUAUGGCAGGACCGCAAGAAGACAAGCUAGCCCCUUUCCGCCAACAAGCCACGGUGAUUCGCCGCAACAAGGAGGCCAGUGCUACUCGGGCACAUGAGCUAGCUGCCACUUUGAAAGAACACGAGGCUACGUUAGCAGAUUUACAGUCUCAGGUCAAACAACUCCUCGGCGACACUGUCCUCAGGGGAGAGGAAUUAAAGAAGUACGUCAAUUCCUUGCGCACAAAGAGCACUGUGUACAAAAGGCAGAGAGCCAAUCUCUCAACUUUUAAAGUCGAGGCGGGUAUAUUAGCAAGAACUAUACACAUUAUUAGUACAUCUGAUCCAACUGUCGAAAUGGCUUUGGUGAAUCACAAAAAACUGAAAAUUGAAGAUGAAGAAAGUAUAGAGAAACAAGACAAACCUGGAGAUUUAGCUAAAAAGUCUCUUCAUGACUUAUCUCAGUUACUUGCUCAGACAGCUCAAAAGUUAUCACAAGUCCGACAGGAAAUUCAGCCACUCGCCGAUCGCAUUAAGCCUGUAAAGGAGGAAUUUCAAACCAUUCAACAACAAUAUGAACAGAAAAAAAGGGUUUACGAAGCAACAUCAAUCAACAUAACAUCCCAAAUGGAGCCUCUCAAGAAUCAAGUAAAGGAAUUCACUGACCUUUUGAAUAGUAAGGAGGAUGAAUGGAAGAAUUUACGACAAAAAAUCACAAAGGCUGAAACAUUGCAAGAAGUGGUGAUGUUUGAAAUGAAAAAUUCAAUGCAGUCACCUAGGAAACCCUCGAAAAUGGAAGCUUUAAAACAAAAAGUGUCUGACAUGGAGCAAAUUGUUAAGCGUUUGGAAGAGGAACAACAAGCGAUAAGUUCUCGCCAGGGAGCCGUGGAGGAGCAAACACGGUUGUGGGAGAAUACUUUACAAUUACUUAAAUGCAAGAUGCGCGCUCGUAACGAACCUACUACCCGUCAAGGACGCAUGCACAUCACGCAACACUCUCAAAUGCUAACCCUCACUUAA